ACGUGGGGCUAUGAACAACAAGGCCGGGUUGUCCCAGGCAGGAGUGCUCUCGGCCCUGUGCUGUAGCCGCCCCCUAUAACAACACCACCACCUUCACCCCAGCUGCACGUACCAUAAAGAAGGAGAAUUUGUCGUCGCCCCUCAAUCACCAACAAGAAGGAGAGGCUUUCAGACAUGACUACCUUAAGACCUUUCCGGUGUGAAGACAUGUUUCAUUUCAACAAUGUUAACCUCGACCCGCUGACAGAGACGUAUGGACUGUCUUUCUAUCUCCAGUACUUGGCACACUGGCCGGAAUAUUUCCAGGUGGCUGAGUCUCCCAGUGGAGUCAUCAUGGGCUACAUAAUGGGUAAAGCUGAAGGUCAUGGUGAGAACUGGCAUGGUCACGUUACAGCUCUAACUGUUGCUCCAGAAUAUCGACGGCUGGGUCUUGCUAAGCAGCUAAUGGCCAUCCUGGAAGACAUCUCAGAAAAAAAGCGUUGUUACUUUGUAGACCUAUUUGUACGAGUCAGCAACUUAGUGGCCAUUACCAUGUACAAGAAGUUGGGCUAUAUUGUUUAUCGCACAGUUUUGCAAUAUUAUUCAGGAGACCCGGAUGAAGAUGCUUAUGACAUGAGGAAGGCAUUAUCUCGAGAUGUACAACAGAAGUCGGUUGUCCCACUAACACAUCCUGUUAGACCUGAAGACAUAGAAUAACAGUUAUUGAAAACUGUCAUAUAUUCAUUAAUAAAUUUUUUUACAAAACAUGUAAAAGUUUUCAGUUGUCUUAUUGUUAUUCUCUUUGGCAUACAUCUCCUGGAACAGGGAAAAGCAUAAUUUGUUCAUAUGUACAAUAUGCAUUUCUUUUGUUAUGUUGACAAUAUCUCUUAUGUUGUAUCCUUAAACGUUUCCUUAUGUUAUCUCCCUCACUUCCCAUAUCUAAUUGUUAUGAUUGUGUGUAAUUAUUAGAACAGGACCAUU